CUUUUUACAAUAAACUAAACUGACCUUUAAUACUCAGCAUUCAUUCUUUGUAAUAUUCUCAAUUUUCCUUUAUUCUUUAAUUGUUUCUUUCUUCUGCCAUACGUGUUUUAUAAAUGAUUCAUAGAUAUAUGAUCCAUUUAAAAUUUAAAUUCUGAAACCGUGAAACAGCAACUUCAAAAUAUAUUCAGGAAAUUCAUCAUGUUUGGCCUCUUUUUAUCUCUGCUAAGCUGGAUCGGCAUUAGCCCAGUGCCAUUAGCUUCCUACUUGAUUGGUACGACAGAGCCAGCAUUAAAACUUUUAAUUUCUAUCUUAUUAGGAUAUCCUUUAGGUAUUAUAUAUAACAAGCAUGUGAAAGAGUACAAAGAAUACAGAAAUCUUUACUUCAUUGUUACUGGUCUGGAUAUAGCCUUAUACAAUUUUGGUUUAUCAUUCUACCACAAUGUGAUACCAGCUGUUGUUAUUUAUUUAAGUACAAAAAUAUUAGGACCUGGUAAGCACAAUGCAAUUAUAACAUUUAUUUUCAAUAUGACAUAUCUUUUGGUUGGAUAUGUAGUAACAGAAUCAGAAGAUUAUGAUAUAACUUGGACAAUGCCUCAUUGUGUCCUGACUUUAAAGUUAAUAGCACUCUCGUUUGAUCUAUGGGAUGGAAAAAAAAUGUUAAAGGGAGAGAAACUUUCUGAUAAUAAUAAGAAAACUGCCCUGGAAUCUACUCCUGGGUUUCUGGAAUUGAUUGGGUUCAUUUAUUUCCCGUCAUGUUUCCUUGUGGGCCCAAUAUUUUCAUUUAGGCGAUACCUUGACUUUGUAUCUGAUAAAUUUCCUGUUGAGAAAGAAGCUCAAGUUUUGGAAGAUCAAGCUAUGAAGAGACUCAUCCAGGGCUUAAGCUAUUUAGUGGCUUUUCAAGUUGGAAUAUCAGUAUUUAGUAUGAAAUAUAUGCUUUCUGAUGAGUUUUGGGAGACGUCAAUUAUAUACCGUCACUUUUAUAGUGGUUUAUGGGCACAUUUUGCUCUAUACAAAUACAUAGCAUGCUGGUUGCUGACAGAAGCUUCAUGUAUCCGUUUUGGAUUGUCUUAUAAUGGGACUAAGAAGACAGAGAUGGGAGAAGUGUCACAGUGGGAUGGUUGUAACAAUAUUAAACUUAUGAGGUUCGAAGGUGCAACUAAAUUUCAACACUACAUAGACAGCUUCAAUUGUAACACAAAUCACUUUGCAGCUGAGUACAUCUACAAGCGUCUCAAGUUCUUGGGUAAUAGAAAUCUCAGUCAAUUUUUCACUCUGUUUUUCCUAGCUAUCUGGCAUGGUACUCGCUCAGGUUACUAUGUGACUUUUUUCAAUGAGUUUAUUAUAAUAUAUAUGGAAAAAGAAUUGGAAAGCAUACUAUCAAAAACUGAGAUUUACAAUAAACUCUGGGCAUCUCCUGCUAAAUACUUGCUCUAUGUCUUACUAAAAUCUUAUACUAUAGUUUUUAUGGGAUGGAGCUUGAUUCCAUUUGAUGUAAAAGUAUUUUCAAAGUGGUUGCGAGUAUAUGCUAGUUUAUAUUUCUCUGGUUUCUUGCUCUUCUUGCCAUGGGCAUUUAUUUAUAAACCUGCUUUAAUAAAAACGGUAAAAAUUCUAUCUCCAAAAUCACAAUAAAGCAAAAAAAUUGUUUAUUUAUUAUGUUUGUUUAUAGAAGAAAUCAGUAUAAGCAUCUUUUGAGCAUAGGGUGUUGUUAGUUCUAGAAGCUAUGUGGACUAAGUCUUUAUACUUCUUUUAAAUGAAAUAAAAAUUUAUAUGAGGGAAACAAAAUUAGGUUGUGUAUUAUAAUUAUUUUACUGCAUCAUUUGUAGUGAAAUGUAUACGUUUAGAUAUUUAUAAAAUAUGCAAGAUUUGAAUAUUCAUUUUUAAUAAACACAUUUUUCUUCUAAGUUAUAUUUGUGCAUCAGAAACACAAAUUUUAUUUAUUUUAUAAAAUAGUUUUAACUCAAUUCUGUAGAUCGUGUUGUUGUAUUAAUCCUGCAAGUUUAUUGUAACCACAUACAACAUAGAAGUGCAACAAAUAAUAAGUAUUUAAAUAAUAUUGCAAUUAUUAGAGCUGGUGAUAGCAACAGUAAUUAAUAGACUAUGACUGAUACACCAAAAAAUUUAUAAAGCAUAAUGUAAAGAAAUAUUUACAUUUUGUAGUUAAUCAAUGCUUGGGUCAAUCAAGUAGCCUUAAGAUAGAAUAAUAGAUGAAUAAGAUUUUAUAUGACAAUGGUUAACUAUUUUUAUAUUUUAGUUAUUAUAGUUUUGUCACAAUUACUUCAAUUUGGUUGCUCUUAUGACAAUGCUUAAACAUUGGUUUACCUAUGUGGAACAUUAUUUUCUAACAUUUAUAAGAAACAACUAUGUUGAUACUUCAGGUCAAGACUAGUCGAAGAGUUCAAGUUUUGUUGAUGUAAAUUAUUCAUUUAAAAUUUUAACUAUUACCUAUAUUGUAAUGUAAUGUAGCUCUGUAGUGGUAUAUAUGUCAAUAGGUUGAUAGGUUAUGUUUUCCUUUUGAAAGGGUGAGUUUCUUUUGAGGACACCUGUUCUAGCUCUUUCAUGAAUGAAUGUGAUGACAAAAUGUUGUCUCAUAAUGAAUCACACAAUAUAUGUAGCAUUAUUCAUAACCUUUUUGGCUCAAGUAAAACGUAAAAAAAGUGAUCCUACCUGCAUACUUUUAUUAUUAUAAAAAAUUAAAUAUAUUAUUGCUACUACAUGACAAUAAAUUAAUAAUGAAAUAUUCUAAAUUUGUGUAUAAAUUAAUAAUCAAAUUAGGCUUUAAUUAAGAUUAUGAUAAAAUUUAAUUAAUUUUGGCUAAAAUUUAAUAAUAAUAUAUUGGAUAAAGCCACCUUAUAACGUGUGCUUAUUGUGAAUUAAUGCAAAAUAAUUCAAUUGAAGACCCACUGGUUUUGAUCAGAAUGAAUAUCAAACAAUAGAUAAUGACAUUAUAUUAUAUAUAUAGAUAUGGUAUCUUUUAAUUCAUGUUUUUGUGACACUAUUCAUAUUAAUACUUUUCUAGAAUAAUGUCAAUGGAUUUUUUUUAUGGUUUAUUGUUGUAAGGUUUAUUUUCUGAGUAUAUGCCUAUGUUUGUUUCUUUUUUGAUAAAUUUUGCGCAUGCCCUUUGCCUAAAAGAUAAGAUGUCUUAUUUAUUUCUUAGCAUUAGCCUGAAUAAAUGUUAUUUGUUAUUAUAUAUUUUAUAUUUGAUACCAAAACAAGAGGUCACACCAGAAGUAUAUUUAUUUAAGUAGUGAAGUAUAAUAGUAUUUUUUGCAUGAUUUAACAAAUACAAUUUUUUUAACACUAGCAUGGUUUUAGUCUCUUUUAAAUUUUAUUAUGAAAUUAGGUUAUUCGGGGAUUUUAAUUAGGGUUUUUGAUGUAAGAUAGGAUUUCAUAUGAUAUGUUUUCAUGCAAAGUUUACUUACGCAAAACUAAUUUCAGAAACCUGCAGUUUUGUGUGACGCUUUAGUUAUAAAUGAAUAAUGUAAGGGGUGGAAUAUUGCAGGUUAGAAAUUCUUUAGUUCAAAUUUUAAUUUUGAUAGUUGUCCAAUGAUUAAGACUGGACAGUAGAUUACGUAAUUGAAAUUAGUCUAUUAUAUUAAAUGCUAAAAAUAUAAUUUUUUACUUGAGAAAUUAAAAGGACUUAGGAACAUUCCUUACCAUCGCAAACCACUUUAUUUACUACGGUGUUUCUACUCUGUAAGAAAUCAAAUCUGUGAAUUUGUUAAAAUUAUGUUUUUAAUGGAUGAAUAAAUACAAAGAAAACACA